CAGUGUAAAUAGUCCUUUAGAACUUGGUCAGCUCUCACCAAGGUCCAAGGUGCAGGCCAGCUUUCUCCUUCUCCUUCUCCUUCUCCUUUUCCUUUUCCAUCUCCUGUGAUAUGCCCUUCUCUCCAAUUCCAUAGUCAGACAAGGAUUGGAGGAGGAGAAGGGCAUGGGGAAUUGCUUGGAUUCUUCUGAGAAGUCCAUAAGUUCAGAACCAUCAACAUUCAACGCUGGGAGUAGCACCACGACCACCGCCAGCAAGUUCUCAAGCAUCAGUAGCACCACUACCCUUGGGCUGUCCACAGGCAGCGAUUUCAGCGUCAGUGAGAAAUGUCAGAUUGCUCCUCAAGGUCAGAUCUUGGAGGUCCCGAACCUGAGGAUCUUUACAUUUGCUGAGCUUAGAAGUGCAACUAGGAAUUUCAAGCCGGAUAGUGUUCUCGGGGAAGGUGGAUUCGGAACUGUAUUCAAGGGAUGGCUUGAUGAGAAGACUUUGGCGCCGGCGAAGAGCGGUGCUGGUAUGGUGGUGGCUGUCAAGAAACUUAACCCAGAGAGCAUGCAAGGAUUUGAGGAGUGGCAGUCAGAAGUGAACUUUUUAGGAAGGCUCUCUCAUCCAAACCUCGUCAAGCUCUUGGGCUAUUGUUUGGAGGAGAAGGAGCUCCUCCUUGUUUACGAGUUCAUGGCGAAAGGGAGUUUAGAAAAUCACCUCUUCAGAAGAGGUGCGGCUUUUGAUCCAUUGUCAUGGAACCUAAGGCUUAAAAUAGCCAUAGGAGCAGCUCGAGGACUUGCAUUCUUACAUACAUCAGAAAAGCAAAUCAUAUACCGGGAUUUUAAAGCAUCUAACAUCCUUCUGGAUACUAAUUACAAUGCGAAGUUAUCCGACUUUGGUUUAGCAAAGCAUGGCCCAACCGGUGGGGACUCUCAUGUCACAACUAGAGUAAUGGGAACGUAUGGAUAUGCAGCUCCAGAAUAUGUCGCUACUGGUCAUCUUUACGUGAAGAGUGAUGUAUACGGUUUCGGAGUAGUGUUGUUGGAAAUGCUUUCUGGUCAGCGAGCGCUCGAUACAAAUCGGCCGAGUGGGCAACACAACUUGGUAGACUGGGCUAAACCAUAUCUCUCUGACCGUCGGAAAUUGGCCCGUCUAAUGGACCCAAGGCUUGAAGGACAGUAUCCGUCAAAAGGUGUUCUUCAUGCAGCUCAGCUCACUUUGAAGUGCCUCGCCUCGGAACCUAGGAACCGUCCAUCAAUGAAGGAAGUCGUUGAGACUCUAGAACAGAUUGAAGCAAUCAAAAGUAGAUCAAAAGAUAGUACUAAAGAUGCAACAGCACCACGCCAUGCAUCUCGACGUCCCGCCCAGAGCCCUGUGCACCACCGCUCACCGCUCCAUCCUAAGCAUGACGGAACAGGAUCAGGUGUCCGGGUCAAUCACCAUUCUCCGAAAUUGAGAUGACGAAACUAUCUUUUAAAUUUCAGUUUUGUCAGAUGUGACCUUUUAUUGUUCUCAAUUAUUGUGACAGGAGUUUAUUGAGAUGUAAGAUUGGACAAAUGACUUUGUUCCGAGAUUGAUUAAUGUAACUAAAUAAGAGUAAUGGUAUUGGGAAUUUGAGAUUGACUUCAAAUUGUAAAGAUCAGCUGAGUUGGAAGUGUAAUUUAGUUGUUUGCUUGUUUUUGUUUA